AUGGUGCAGGUGGUGGGACCGGUGCGCGGCGCCGUGGCCGCCCUGCUCGCCGCCUUCUGGUCCGGCGUGUUCCUGCUGCUGCUGGCCGUGCGCCGUGUGACGCGCGGGGCGGAGGCGCUGCAGCCGCGCCGCCGCCCGCGGCCGGCGCUGCUCGACGACCCGGCGCUGGGCGCGCACAAGUUCGCCACCGUGUUUGGCGGCAUCAAGCUGCACUAUGUGGAGAAGGGCGACCGCAGCAAGCCGCUGCUGCUGCUACUGCACGGCUUCCCGGCGUUCUGGUACUGCUGGCACUACCAGCUGAAGGCGCUCUCCCAGCACUACUGGGUGGUGGCGGUCGAUAUGCGCGGGUACGGCGAGUCGGCCAAGCCGGAAGGCCGCGACAGCUACGACCGGCAGCUGGUGGCGCAGGACCUGUUCCACCUGGUGCUGUCCCUGGGCCGGCAGAGCUGCACCGUCAUCGGACACGACUGGGGCGGCAUCAUCGCCUACGAGCUGGCCAGACUGCGCUCCUCGCUGGUCGAGAAACUCAUCAUCAUCAACGCGCCGCACCCGGACGCCAUGGAGGAGGUGCUGCAGCACUCCUGGGACCAGAUGUUCCGCUCCUGGUACAUCUACCUCUUCCAGCUGCCCUGGCUGCCCGAGCAGGUGAUGCAGCUGGACGACUUCAACAUGUUCAACAAGAUGUUCCACGAGAACCCGUCGGCGCGCCAUCACUACCCGCCCGAGAUGGUCGACGCGUACAAGUACACGUUUGGAGAGCCGGGAGCGCUGACACCGCCCCUUAACUACUACCGGCAGAACUUUGGCUGGCGUUGGCACCGCGGAGAGCCAGCCCAGGUGGCACGCGUCACCUGUCCCCUGCUAGUCAUCUGGGGCGAGCGAGACCGGGCGCUGAGCCCCCUGCUGGCCACCAUGGCGGCACGCUACGCCGACCGCUUCAGCGUCCACCUGCUGCCCAACGCCUCCCACUGGGCCAUGAUGGAGGAGCCUGACGAGGUCAACGAGGCCAUCCGUGGGUUCAUUAGCGGCCAGUAA